CCCUGGGCGUAUGAGGAGGAUGCUACAAUUCUCCGUUUCGUUCUGAAAUUCGGGAUCAAAGACUGGACUAUGAUCGGAACUCAGGUUCCCAAUCGUACGCCGAAACAAUGCAGGGAGAGGUACAAGAAUCAGCUCGAUCCUUUCAUCAACCGAGGCCCAUGGACGGAUGCGGAAGAUGACCUGAUCAUCAAAGCGCACAAAAUUCACGGAAACAAGUGGACUGCGAUUGCGAAGCUCAUUCCAGGCCGCACAGACAACGCUAUCAAGAAUCACUGGAAUUCCACCUUGCAGAGAAAAAUG